AGGGAGAAAAAGGAAGGCGGAGGGAGAAGGCUGGGAAUAUAAAGCUCUGCUCCCUGCUCUGUUGGAUCCAGAAAUCUCCUUCUAACAGACAGUACAAUAGCAGCAUUGCAGGUAUCGAGAGAGAUCAGUGCUGUGGUUUCUUGCUUUUCAUCCUUUUUCAAAGUGCUUUCUUCUUUGUCAAGUGAAACUCAACAGUCAGAUUUAUUGGAAUGCCAGUGAGCAUACAUAGUUGCAUUUCUCAUGGACUGCUGUGGAAUUGCUGACCACCAUGUUGGAAAUGGUGUCUGUGGCUGUUGUGGAGCUCUUCGUCCACGGUACAAGAGACUCGUGGACAACAUCUUCCCUGAAGAUGCCGAGGAUGGAUUGGUGAAAGCCAACAUGGAGAAGUUGACAUUUUAUGCGCUGUCUGCUCCGGAGAAGCUGGACCGGAUUGGUGCAUAUCUUGCAGAGAGGCUCAGCAGAGAUGUGGCCAGGCACCGUUAUGGUUACGUGUGUAUUGCGAUGGAGGCUUUAGACCAGCUCCUGAUGGCUUGUCACUGCCAGAGCAUCAACUUGUUCGUAGAGAGCUUUCUUAAGAUGGUGGCCAAGCUCCUGGAGUCUGACAAAGCAGCAUUGCAGAUCCUGGGAACAAAUUCGUUUAUAAAGUUUGCAAACAUUGAAGAGGACACACCUUCAUAUCACCGAAGCUAUGACUUCUUCGUCUCCAGGUUUAGUGAAAUGUGCCAUUCAGGACACGAUGAUGCUACAGACAGAACUAAGAUCCGUAUGGCUGGUAUAAAGGGUCUGCAGGGUGUGGUAAGGAAGACAGUUAAUGAUGAACUCCAGGCCAACAUCUGGGAACCCCAGCAUAUGGAUAAAAUUGUGCCCUCCCUCCUUUUCAAUUUGCAACAAGCAGAAGAAGCUGAGAGUCGUUCUCCAUCACCACCGCAAGAAACUGAGAAGGAGAAGGAGAGCCCUGCUGCCGUGGCUGAAGGUUGCCUUCGCGAGCUGCUGGGCCGUGCAGCAUAUGGAAACAUCAAAAAUGCCAUCAAGCCAGUUUUAAUGCACUUAGAUAACCACUCACUUUGGGAGCCUAAACUGUUUGCAGUCCGGUGUUUCAAGAUCAUCAUGUAUUCUGUUCAGUCCCAGCAUUCCCACUUGGUCAUUCAACAGUUGGUGGGCCACCUGGAUGCCAACAGUAAGAGCGUUGCCAAAGUACGCACUGGGAUUGUGGAUGUGCUGUCGGAGUCUGCUGUUAUCGCUGCUGGCGGAUCUGUCGGGCCCACAGUGUUGGAGGUAUUCAACACACUGCUGAGACAUCUUCGCCUCAGCAUUGACUAUGAGCUGACUGGCAAGUAUGAUUCAACCACCAAUGUCAGUAACCAGAUCAUUAAAGAGCAUGAGGAAAGGAUUUUUCAGGAAGCUGUUAUCAAGACCAUUGGUGCUUUUGCAAAUACAUUACCUGCCUAUCAAAGAUCAGAGGUCAUGUUGUUUAUCAUGGGAAAAGUUCCACUACCUGCAGUUCACCAGGUUCUAGAUGUCGGAAAGCCAGGGGACAAUGGAAAUCGAAUGAUUCAAUUGAUGUUGCUAAAAUCCCUCCUACAGGUGACAAUUGGAUUCCAGAGCAAUAAUCUUUUAGCAACCCUGCCCACCUCCUUCCUGGAACCUCUUCUCUCUGCCUCAUUAAUGGAGGAUGCUGAACUUCGCCUCCUUGUCAUAGAAAUCCUUCUCAGUCUGAUCGACCGCCAAGGAAAUAGACACAAGUUCUCUCAUGUCAGUAUUGUUUCAGACAUCUCUGUACUCAUGCUAAAAGUGGACAAGUGUUCCCGACAGGAUACUCUGUUUAUGAAGAAGCACUCACAGACAUUGUACAGAUACAUCUAUAUGAGCUGUAAACAGGAGAAUAACUCCCAUAUCCACUAUGAUGCUCUAUACGCCAUGCUUGCACUCAUCAGCGUUGAGCUGGCCAAUGAGGAGGUAGUUGUGGAUCUUAUUCGUGUGGUAUUAGCCCUCCAGGAACUUUCAUCAACCAAUGAGGAUAACCUGCCUGUGUGGACACGCUGUGCAAUUCAUGCCCUCUGCUCUGCCUAUCUGAACCUCAUUAGCCAGCUGACCAGCCUGCCUGCCUUCUGCCAGAAUAUACAGCAGGUAAUUGAAGUCAGAAGGAAGGAAGCAUUAUACUUGUUGCCAGAGGGGGUCUUUGAAGAUGAAAACAGCAUACCCAAUUCUAUGGACAAAUUAGAGAAGGAUUUGCUGUUCCUGCAAAGUAAGAUCAGCGAAGUUCUGGCAGGCAGUGGAUACAGCUCUGAUAGGCUGGGAAUACCCUAUAUUCCACAAUUCACAGAAGAGGACCGUUUAUCAAAGAGAAAGAGCAUAGGAGAGACUAUCUCACUACAGGUGGAAGUGGAGUCUCGCAACAGCCCAGAAAAAGAGGAGAAAAUGCCAGCUGAGGAGAUUACAUAUGAAACCCUGAAGAAAGCUAUCGUAGAUGGUGGUGUCAUGGAAGAACAGGAGAGAGAGAGACGACGACAAGUGGUGGAAAAAUUUCAGAAAGCUCCAUUUGAAGAGAUAGCAGCCCAUUGUGGAGCAAGGGCAACUAUUCUGCAGAGUAAACUGAAUCAAAUAUUUGAGAUAACCAUAAGACCACCUCCCAGCCCAUCAGGUACCAUCACAGCUGGUUAUGGCCAGAUGCAGUCUCGUUCAGUGCCUGUUUACGAGAUGAAGUUUCCAGAUCUUUGCGUCUACUAGCUGCAGUACAAUACGGUCCAACACAAAUCUUCAUUGAAUUGCAGAGAUUCUGGUUACUGAUCCAGUGUCAUUUGCACAUGGAUUUGACCUAGCAGCAGAACUUGUAUUAGAUCACCCUUUCAACCAUUCCUUGCAGACUGUUAGCAAUCACAAAGAGCUGUUUUUUCCACUGGUACAAGCAUAUCAAACAUCAUUCUUACAGCUUGGUAAUGCUUUGUUAUGAAGACGUGAUCCUUCAAUGCCUUGCGUAUGCUUGCUUGACAUCAUAGACAGGUUUUACUGCACUUUAGGGCUUCCUGUGGAAGUGUAUGAUCUGGCUGCUGAGCAUUGCUGAUUGGUGAAAUUUUGAAGAAGAAAUGUCUUUUAAUGCAAUAAGCAUCAAUUUAUGAUCACAAGAUAGCAACAGACCCAGCAUUUGCCUCUCAGACUUCACAAUUUAGGUCCAGUCUGGGAAGGUUGAUUAUGGCCUUAACCAAUUUCACUCCCACAGCAGUCCUUUUGAUUGAGGAUUGCGACAGACUCUGUGUCUGUUUAAGAAACUGGCAAAUCUAACUGACAAGCAAUGCUGGGUAAUCUUUUCAGUUUUGUUACUCUCUUCUAUGUUUCAGUUUCUUGUUCUGUCUAAUGAACUGUGGCCUCCAUGAGUCAGUGUAGACAAAAGGUGUGGAAUAAGCAGAUUAUAAUGCCACAAUGACUAACUCCAAGAGGUGAGCAGAGUGGGGGCGGGAAACUGAUCCUCUGCCCUUCAGAUCUGUUAUUGGUACAGAAUUAAUGAAGACAGUAUACUUUCAUUGGUCAGCUAACAUCUGAGAAAUUCCAGCAACUCCUGUACAAAAUCAUUGUAGUUUUUGGUUGGGAACAGCCUUAGUACUGCUUGAUGCUGCACUCAGUAUCAACCACUUCAAACAGGAAUCUCUGCUCACAGGUCAAGCUUAUCUUAUGCUUCUGUUGUCUAUUAUUCCGUAAAGGCAAAAAUGUUCCAGUCUUUAGUAAUGUUGCGAAUUAAUCUACACUUUUGACAUUGAUUAUUGUGAAUUGCUCUCUGAUUGUAUGUAUAAUGCAAACAGAAAUAUUAUAGAUGCAUUUGCAAGCUUCGUUAGAACUUAACUGGAUGUACCAAGUAGAAUUUGCCAAGUGCUAGAUUUCCACCAUUAACCCUUCACUGUUCUUCUCAUUCUGUGCAACUGUAUUUUUAUUGUACAUCAAUGUUGGAAAGCUUCUGGUGUGUGCUGAAGUUUUUGAAGAAAUGUUAUACAUUCAGCUGUAGUCUCACUUCUUCCACUGAAGUCUGAAAAGAAAUCAAACAUUGAAUCAGA